AGUGCACAAAUGCUAACCAUUGUCUUGACAAUAACAGGCCAAUAGACGAACAGUUGAGCAACUCGACCUUGCAUCCCUAAAAGUCGCUCAGAUUAAGGAUAUAGUCAAGGAAUUCAAUGAACUAAAGGCUAAUGGUCAGAAGUGGCCCCGUAUUACCCUGGCAGGAAACAAACUGGAGCUGAUUGGCAAGGUCCAGAACCGUCUAUUGAGCGUCACGCAGCAUCCGACAUCAGAGGCUUUUCCUGACCAUAUGGCGAUUAUCCAACGAUAUGUAGAUCAUCCUUCUCAACGCUCAACUAAUCGGUCGACGGCACCUUCCACCAAAGCUACACCCUAUGCCGCUGUAGUGUUGCCGGUACGACAGGAUCAGUCAUCUUCACAAAUCAGAAGUCAUGGAUCUCAUUAUACAUGGUGGGACCAAGUGAAAUUUAAAGAUAGUCCGUUUUAUGAACCUUUUGAUAGGGUCAGUACUCCGAAGAUGUGCAUAGAAGCAAGAGAUAUGAGAAGUUCCGUCUCAAUGGACAUACAGCUCACCGAAGCACAGCGAGCGGCUUUAAGAGGCCCGAAAGAUGAAUCUGGCCAAGUUACGCAGCUACGGUUCUUUUGCACAGCAGCUGACAGUUUUAAUUCUAAGCUUCCUGCUCUAAUGGAAUAUCCGCCUAUUUGUGAGCUGAAGGUCAAUGGCCAGAUUGUUGGAGGGAGCUUACGUGGCCUGAAGAACAAGCCAGGCACUGUUAAUCCUCCGAACAUCACACCUCUGGUCCAACUAAGUCAGGCGAGAAAUCAUGUUGAAUUGGUGUAUGCGAAUACCCAAAAGCGAUAUGCAGCCGCUGUCAUGAUCGUUAAAGCACGGUCUGUCGAAUCCAUUGUAGAGCAAAUCAAAUCAACAAGAUAUGUCACGAAAGAAGACGUUUUGCAGCGAAUUCGUGCUAGAAACGCUGACUCUGACAUUGUGGUUGGUUCCAGUGCUGUAUCUAUCAAGUGUCCGUUGGGAUUCAUACGGAUAAAAUUGCCAUGCCGUUCCCGCUUAUGUCAACACAUACAAUGCUUUGACGCAUUCACCUUCUUCCAUAUGAAUGAGCAAACCCCUACAUGGACAUGCCCUGUCUGUACUAACAUCAUACAUUCUUGGGAAGAAUUGGUCAUUGAUGGGUAUUUUAGCGAUAUUCUGGCAAAUACCCCGAAGGAGCAGGAUUCAAUUAUCAUCGAAGAAAAUGGCGAAUGGCGUCUUGCUAAAGAUACAUCAGCGACAUCUCUUUCCGCUUCACCGCCGCCUUCAUCUCACAAACGAUCUGUAUCAGCCAUGCGCGAUAAUACACCUGCUACCAGUCAGACAGAAGAUGUAACUGUCAUCGACGACGAGGAUGACACGCGACCAACGCCGGUGUCAAGCACCCGAUCAGCCGGGUCGCCUGUCAGUCAACGGUCAGGAAAGAAACAGCGCGUUAUGGAAGUGAUCGAUUUGACGCUCAGCAGCGACGAAGAAGAAGAAGACGACGAGGCUGCGGAAGAGAAAGAUUUCGUACCAACUGAGGAUUUUUCGACAGAAGAAGCACCGGUCAAAUCCGAGAUUACACAAGAGAAUCCAGUGGCCACGUCAAAUGUCUCCAAUGGGUAUACCAAUGCCCCCAUCCUACCGAUUCCAAGCACUUAUCAUAUUAAUAAUGAACAUACAGCAUACGGGAAUGGCUCAACUUCCUGGUCAGGGAAUCACCCGGCUAUAGUGACCAUCGACAACGCUCAAUCUGGAAUUGACCGACCGCCGCUUUGGUUACCACCUCUUCGAAAUGGUUCUGGCUCACCAAGGCAAUACCAAUCACCGCUGCGUAAUUUGAGCCCACUGUCAACAACCUCAUCGCAACUAUCUUCCACCUAUGACCCAUCCAAUUCUAUACCACCAGUAUCACGACUCGUCUUGGACAGUUGGAAUGGAUUCAAUAGCGAUCGAGAAAAUAACUGAGGUCCACGUUAAAGAAAGGGGGCUUUUACUCCAUCGAAUGUAGUGUAGAACAAAGCCUGUGAGGCGUUUGGUCGUAGCUAAAGACUGUAAAAAUGUAAACUAAUAACUUUUUCUUCAUGAAAAGAAAAUUGAGGCAUAAAUAAUAUUAGAAAGGUUUUGUGAAUAACCUGACUCUACGAGACCCGC